UUAUAGGAAUUGCUAUUCAAGUGAACUCAUUGCCACCUGAUCGGGCUCAAAUCUGGUCUCACCGCAAACCUCAGAAAGUUCGUCCUGAAAUCAGCAGGCGGUGGUUCUCUUCUCUAAGGAAAUAUAGCUGAUGAUAGGGAAAGAUUGCUUCUGGAUUUACCCCGUGUUUGCUGUAGAACUCUUCUAAAAGCAGAGAUAAAAACCACGCCUUAUUACAGAGAAUAUACAACAAAAUCGAAAUCACCUGUUGCCAGAAACCGGAGAGCAUACGCAAUUUACAUAAAUAUUGUUAACAACAACAACAACGUUGAGCUAAAGCCACCAUUGAUCCUCCACACAGGAGUUCGUAUACCACCCAUCCAUAAGAGCAACUGUAUUGCCCGGUUGUAUUUGUAAGACAUAAGUUCUAAAAACAUGACUUUGAUGUGGAAGAAACUGGUUAUUUUGGUGUUUUUAUGUGCGUGUUUUUCGAGGGAUGUUUGGUGCUACCCAACUGGCGCUCCGGCCAGCGCUUGCGUGGAUUUGCUACCGGGACAUCGCUCAACGACUAACCAACAAAUUCAACCGCAAGCGAGUUCGUCGAGUCUUUGGGUUUUAACACCCAGCAGUUUGGACUACACGGUGGAGCAAACUAUCACAGUGGAAAUUGCUGCCAAAAAUGGCAACGUACAGUUUCUAGGGUUCCUCAUGCAGGCCCGUAGAGUCGACACUGGAACUCCGGUCGGAACAUUUAUACCGCCAGCUGAUGGUGGCGCCAAGGGUCUAACAUGCUCAAAUGUCAACGAUUCCAUCACGCAUACUGAUAAAUCUGUGAAGUUUCCAAGUUACUUUCUUGAAUGGAAGGCGCCAUCUUCACUCGUUGGAGAUAUUGAAUUUUUAGUGACGAUUGUUUACUCCGAGGAUAUAUUCUGGACUCGGAUCAACUCUGCGGUUUUAACUCCCCGUUCCUCCGAUCCCUGUGAUCCGACCCCCUGCUUGAAUGGAGGAACUUGCUUCAGAAAUGCAGAUGGGCGAUCAUAUUACUGUGGAUGUGUUGACACCACGAACACGAACAGGCAUUGCGAAGUGACAGUAACCCCGGGAACUCCGAUGUGCUCGACCAAUCCUUGUCUGAACAAUGGUUACUGCCAAGAAAGAGAUGGCUCUUUUGUGUGCUACUGUCCCGGGACCCACCACGGCACCGUCUGUGAACAUCUUAUUAUUGCAUGCAGCACAAAUCCAUGUUUGAAUGGUGGUACAUGCACUGACCAUUCAACAGGACAUCUUUGUGAGUGUCCUAUUGGCUUUACUGGACCAGACUGUAGCACUGUGUCUAAUAAUCCGUGCGGAACGAGUAACUGUCAGAACGGUGGAACUUGUUUUCAAAAUGAAUUUGGGACCACAAUCUGCCUUUGCCCUGAAUCCUACCAGGGUGAUUAUUGUGAAACAAUGAUAAUACAUCCAUGUUUGUUACCGGUGUCACCGUGCCUAAAUGAAGGGGUGUGCUUCCGCAGUGGAUCUGUAAGUGGCGGAUACAUCUGCAGUUGUGCCCCUGGAUUCUCAGGCAUCCACUGUGAAGUGCAAGCAGGAAACCCAUGUGAUAGCAACCCCUGUGUUAAUGGAGGGGCAUGCUCGGCAGAGAGUAGCAACACGGCCUACACCUGCACAUGCCCGCCUCAGUUUACUGGAAACAACUGUGAAUUACAAGGUGCCUGUUUUGGAGUGUCAUGUACAAAUCGGGGUACAUGUGUCCCAGCAAAUAAUGGGAUAUCAUACACAUGUUCCUGCCAAGCUGCUUAUCUUGGAGAUAACUGCGAAUAUACGAAUCACUGUAUACUGAGCAACCAGUGUGCUGAGGGAUCAACAUGUGUCUACACCGAGCUAAAUAAUUUUGAUUGUCAAUGCAGACCUGGAUUUGGCGGAACAUUUUGCGAACUUGAUAUAUCUUGCAAUUUAAGAACCUGUCUUAAUGGAGGAACUUGCAAUAAGGUUGGUGAUGGAACCUACACAUGUAACUGUGGGCCAACGUACUCUGGGAUAAAUUGUGAAAUCUAUACAGAUCCGUGUACUCCCGAUCCAUGUGUAAAUGGUGAAUGCAGAGUAGAUUUUCAGAGCCCUUCUGGUAGGACCUGUAACUGCGAGGAGAACUACAUGGGUGAAAAUUGCUCGAUGUACAGCGGAGAUCCAUGCUCUGUGUUCUCAUGUUACAACGGAGGUACAUGCCUUAACAACAAUCAACAAGCUACAUGUGUAUGCCAAGAAGACUACUCCGGGGUCAACUGCGAGAUUGCAUUAAAUGUUCCUCCAGUCCUGACCGGUUGUCCGAGCAGUCUCACCGUUCCCAUGACUCCCGGCACAAAGACAGCCUACAUUGACCUGGUUAUCACGGCAACGGAUAAAGACAGUAACACUCUCCCUGUGGUUACUGUUGGCAACCCGACCCUAACCUUCCCUACGACCAUCACAUUCACUGAAGAGUACAGGGAGGGUAAAAGGUUCACUCUCAUAGCGACGGAUUCAGGCAGCCGCGUUAGCGAGUGUAGUUUCACGAUACGGAUAACUGACCAAGAGGUUCCUGUAGUAAUGUGUCCAGAUGAUGUCUCCGACAUUACCAUCGGAGAUUCUAAGGCCGUCCAGUGGCUGCCAGCAACUGCAACCGAUAACCUGGCUCUUAAAUCAGAAAACGCGAUCAAGUACGCACCGCAAAACGGAUCAAACUUUCAGGCCAGUGCAGAUGGCUUUCCGAGUACGGUCCUCGUGGAGGCCCAUGAUACCUUUGGUAACAUAGGCGAGUGCCAGUUUACCGUAACUGUCUACAAGAAAGAGAAAGAUUGUGCCGUAUUUUCCCCACCGGAUAACGGCCAAGCAAACUGCUUUGUUGACGGAGCUGAUCGCCGGUGCGAAGUCGAGUGUAACCCAGGCUUUGGGAACGCUGUCGAUAGCAAUGUCUAUGAAUGUCAAUACGGAGGAAAUACUGCAACCUGGGAUCCCAGACCCAACUCAAACAUCUGUGUCCCACUGAAACCUGGCAAUGGCGUCAACAAGGUCGUCACAAUCAAAUUUCCAGUGGACUCAUCACAGUGUGACAGUGCCAACUCAGCCACCUCAAGUCUCAUGGAUUCCCUCACCACCCUGGGGGUAUGCAACUCCAAUGACACACCAUGUCAGCUGGCAAUGUCAUGUGGGGACGACGGGGAUGGUGCGAGGAGAAAGCGCGCUCCGGCUGACCUGACGGCAGAUAUUACAAUCACAGGCGCAGCAUCCGAAGAGGACACCACCGUUGAUGUGAUGGAGAAGUUGGAUACCGCCGUGGAUGCUGCAACGACAGCCGCAGCCACAGGCUUGCUGACCGUGAUGGUGGAUGGAGCGACGAUAACUAAUGACCAAUCAUCAAUUGGGGUGUCGGACUACACAUGGGAGUGCAAUGCUGGACAGAUAUCUAGUCCCGACGGAUGCUUAUCUUGUCCUCCUGGAACUUUCCAUGAUGCGGCGAGCAACCAGUGUAAAUACUGUCAGCUGAACUCGUACCAGAACAAAGCAGAGCAAGAUAGCUGCACCAUGUGUCCUGAGGGGACCCCUGGAAACCAACUAGUCGGCGCUUACCGAGAAGACCAAUGUGGUGAAAAACAAGCCGUAACUGGGCCAUGGACACCGACUUUAAUUGCCGUUGUCGGCGCGGCAGGAGGAUUGAUAGUUCUUCUCAUCGUCAUCCUGUGCUGCGUCUUUAUCGUCAAGGCCUCGCGGAGUCCAUCCAAGCACGAUGGUUCCGCCAAACAGAACGGAGAUGGACCGCUCUCGAACUUCAGUCACCUCAACCGCGCCUACGAGGAGGACAACGGGGAGCCUGAGAUGCAGUUUCACGGUGGAAUCUCUGCGACCAGCGACACGACCUACCAGAAUGUCGGCGACGACGCAAUGGACACUGCCAGCACAGAUCACCUGGUGCGGAUACCGAGUUUAUCACAGUACAGUGACUACUACGCUACGCUGAAUGCACGCUCGGCUCCGGUCUUUGAUGACGAACCAGUGCCUACCACCCCGCCACCACCACCACCAGUGUCUCCCCCUCAACCUCCUUCUGGUGGUGCGCCCAAACCCCCACCUCCCCCUCCCCCACCCGCAUCCGAGCUGAACUCAAACAACUCUAACACAUCCACACUCGUCAAACACAACGGCUCAGUAAUGAAUGGAGGCAGUAGAGCCAAAUUUCAGGUUUGAUCAACUGCUGGCUUGACGACGUAGUUGAUACAAAAAUACUUCCACUUGGCGAAUUUCUUAAAAAUGUGGAGUUUGACUCUUUUUCCUCAGGCAUGAUAUUUGGUCCUUGAAAAUAGUAGGAAUAUUAAUUGAAUACAAGUCUGACCUACAUGUGUACAUUAUAGUGUAGGCUCAAAUAGACAUUUCAGCCUAUUUAACUGCUUUCUUUCAGAUUUUUUCAAGGCGAAAAAAAAAA